UCUCUCUCUCUUUCUGGCUUCUAAUUGGUGUUGUUUAUUUAAUGGUCAGUGCUUAUGUCACGAGUUUCCUUGGGUUCUCGCUUCGCCAAUUGGUUUCUAAGCUCUUUUUCUAAGCUCUAACACGCAACAUCCAACGUCACACUCUCUUCCACAUUUAAUAACCGUAUCUCACUCUUCCCUUCUCUCGUUUCAUUUCAUUACCAUCCCUCUCUUCAGUUUCCCUCUCCUCUGUCCCCUCUCUUUCACACAACCCAAACCCUUCCCAUAACUUUUACUCUCUUUAUUUCCCACUUCCCCCCUUUUCUUCAGUCAACACUUUCCCACUUCCUUCGCCAAUUCACAACCCAAAAGAAAAAGGAACCAAAUAGGCAAUAGAAAACAAACCAUCUUUAUUUAUUCCCUUCUUUGUUUACUUAUAGUUAUAGAGAUUACUUAUAUAUCAUUUUGCUUUUGGAUCAACAUGGGGUUCUCUGAGAAGGCGCAAGUAGAAGGGGGUUUUGAGUCAGAAAAUAAUAAUAGAAAAUGGGUCAUCGCAGGAAUCGCUUUACGAGCACCGUUGAAGCCAAUAUAUACCAUCCCAGUUGAGAAGGAACAAAAGGAAGAGCUUGAAACAGAGGAGUGUUCAACGACACCAACAAGUGUGGAAUCGAAGAUCCCUACACCCUUCACGUGUCCACCUGCUCCUAGGAAGCGAAAACCUUCUCUCAAGUGCAAUUAUCGUGGUGUUGUUAGAGAGUUCUUCACGCCACCUGACUUAGAAACUGUGUUUAUACGCCACGUUGAACGGGCCAAUUGAUCGCAAUGAAGACAAGAUAUUGAAAAAGUAUAAAAAGUAGCCACUUUCAGUCUUAGAAAUAGCUAGCUUUUGGUUCUGUUGUGUAUCUUAGUUUUCUCUAGUUUUAAGUGCUUUUUUUUUUUUUCUGUUUUUAUUAAGUAGCUAGAGCUUAAGUAGUUCAGCGAUUAGGACUAUUUUGUAUAGAGCAAUCUAAAACUAAAUAAAAAUUAAAAUGACAUCUU